CGGGUGAAAGGGAAUAUUUCAGCAGGUGUGGGGCCUCCAGCCCACUGCACACCCGUGAGGACUGGCCAGAGCGGCUCGUGCAUGCCAUGGGGUCUGGAAGCCUCAGUGGGUGCUCUGGAGAGGGGAUUCCGAUGAGGGUUUGGGCAGAUCUUUUUCCCCCUUGAGCAUCACAGGUAUUUGGAUGGGUGGGGAGGAAAGUCACUUUCCCGAAGUGUCCCUCCUCUGUUCCCCUAGGGCGAGGUCAUUGUUCCCAGACUGUUGCGGAGAGCAUGGUGGCUCCGCGCUGUCCUUGUUGGGAUGGGGAAGGGCACAUGAGCCUGUCAUGACCCCACUGCUCCCCUCCACUGGUGGGACACACCUGACAGGCACUGGGGCAGCACAGGAGCGUUUUAGUUGUAACCAGUGUGUUGCUCCAUGUUUACCAGUCCAUGUUCCUGGUACAGGACAUUCCCACCAUAACCCUUGUCCCCAUAAUCUUGAUUACAUGUGCAGCACACCUCCUCCACUGGGAAUCCCCGCUGACCUCCCUGUGGCACUCCCAAAGGACAUAUUGCUCCAGAGGGGAGCUGCAGGGCUGCAUCCAGGGCUUGGGGCUUUCCUGCUCUGGAACCUCAAGCAUGGGGCAGGGCAGCAGAGUGGAAGGUUGGCAGGAAGGCUUGGCAUCCUUGGGCAGCUCUUUGUAGCUGGUCCCGAAGGUGGGUGCCCUUUCACAGUGCAAACUGGCUCCUGAGACCCACUUAUUUAAAAUCACACAUUGGAAAGGUGUGAGUUUGCACACACACGCAUCUGUGCUUGCAAACACAGAUGGGCUCUGUGCAAGGUGGGGGGAAUGGCUUUUCGCCAGGGCCAGCAGCCCCCCUGACCCCCUGCGUCCUCCCCGCAGCCUGCCCAGCCAUGGCAGCCUCGCUGAGCCGCCCCUGCUUCAUCUCCCUCCACCUGCCCUACCGGCAGGGCUGGGGCCAGCACCUGGCCAACACCUUUCGCUUCCAGCCAGUGGCCGUGCGGGAGACGCCGCGUGUCCGGCAGCUGGCCUUGCGACGGGAAUCUGCCAUCUUCCUCGUCAACGAGCGCCUGGCGCCUGCUGGCACCUCAUCCCGCGACUUCCUCUACGACGUAGAUCCCCAGCCCACCCUGGGCACGGCCUCCAACGUCUGCUUCGAGGUGGAUGAUGUGCCGGGGCUCUGCAAGCGGCUGCAGAGCCAGGGGUGCUCCUUGCUGGUGCCCCCCACUGAGCUGAGUGAUGACGCCGGUUCUGUCACCUACGGCGUGGUGAGCUCUGUCGUGGGCAACAUCAGCCACACCCUUUUGGACCGAUCCUGUUACCGGGGACUCUUCCUGCCUGGCUUCCAGCCCAUCCAAGGAGCCCCCUCAGCCACAGGGGAUGGGAUCAAGAUCACUCACUUUGACCACAUCACGUACGUCUGCCCCCGGGGCGGGGCCCGGGCGGCUCUGGACUGGUACCAGCGCUGCUUCGGCUUCCACCGCUUCCUGCUGAACCCCCGGGAGAGGCCGGCUGAGGGGUAUGUGCUGGGGGGGCAGGGGGUGGGCAUGCUGCUCCUCGCACUGCAGGGCGCCCAGGGCACCCCAGCCCACGGCUGCAAACUGGUCUUUGCAGAGUCCCUCUCCCAGAACGGCACCAACCAGGUUGACACGUUCCUGGAGCAGCACGGUGGGGCUGGGAUCCAGCAUGUUGGCCUCUGCACCACUGACAUUGUCGGCACGACCAGGGCUCUGCAGCAGCGAGGGGCACGGUUCUUCACACCCCCCACCACGUAUUACAGCCAGGGGGGCAAAGCAGAGGAGAUCCGAGGAGCUGGGCAGGACCCCCACAAGCUGGCAGAGCUUGGCAUCCUCCUGGACACUACAGUGCAUGGGGACAAGGGCCAGCCAGGCUCUGAUGCCACAGAGAGCCCCUCUCGGGAAUAUUUGAUGCAGAUCUUCACCCAUCCCAUCUUCUCCGAGGAGACCUUCUUCCUGGAGCUCAUUGACCGUCGGGGAGCGCCCGGCUUCGGGGAAGGCAAUAUCCGGGCGCUGUGGAAAGCCGUGCAGGUCUACAUGGACCAGCAGCACUAGUGCAACGCUGCAGUCCUCCUCCCUCAGCUCCCCAUCUUCUCCAGUCCAGCCCCGGGGCAAGGACCGUAGAGAUCCCAUCCCUGGCAUGGCCCAGGUGAGCAGGGACCAAGGGAUGGCUCCAGAUCAAUCCAGAGCCACCUCAGUGUGGGAGCAAGAUGCUCAGGGCUGAGUCCAGCAGGGGUGUGAGCAUGCCCCAGGAUGGGUGGGAUUGCUCCCCAGCCCUGGGUUCCCAGUAAUUUAUCAACCACAUGUAAGGAACUUUCUGCCUUAGUUUCAGCUUAAUUUAUUGAGACUUGAGCCUGGAGCAUGGCCAAGAGUGUGCUGGCACAGAAACACCCCCAGACACAGAGAGAUGAGGGGCUGCCUGAGGGGAGUGCAUAAUCCAGAGGCCAUGGAUUAUGGCCACUUACUGGCAUUACCACCCACAGCAUGACUAGCCCUGCAGGGCGAGUCGUGGCCUCUUCCUCCUCUCAAUUAAAGAAUUAACUUACAGGCACUGCUUUGGGUAUUCAGUCCUCCUGUUUAAGAUGUGCUGAGUGCCAGGUGAGGAUGAAAUGGCCAUUUCCAUCACUCAAACUGGGUGUAUCACUAAAAUUGAGAUCACUGCACCUCGCACCCCGCCAGGACUGUCCCCUGUCCCUGCCAGCCCCCAGCACUGUGCAUUUGCAAGGGUGCACCACACUCAGCAUGAAGAGUGCUGAACAGCCCAAUAAAAAAAUUAUAAAAGUAGGAUGAAACCCUAGAAAAAGCCCUGGGGGCAGUUGUUCAGCCCCAGGGAGGAGCAGCCCGUGGACAGGAGCAGCACAGCCUUGGGGGCUGAUAUCUGCCCUUGCAGGGGUGUUCUGGUGCUUUAUUUGGGGUCAGUUAAUGCAGUUAAUGCUCAGCCAAGGGGCUCUGGGUGCAUUAAUGAAGAAAUCCCUGCUCUCCCCAGCCCAGAUCUAAGGGUCUUGUUGGCUGUCUUCACAUUGUACCACAGGCGGCCCAACACCCCCAGCUUAGCACAGUGCAACAUAGGCAGUCACUUAAAAAACCCCACAAACUUAAGAUUUAUUUUCAGGUCCAGUAAAAACAAGGGAGGGUACAGCAGCAUCCCCAGUCACUGGCUGGGGCAUGAGAUGCAGGCAGGGGACAGGGCUGCAGGAGCCAUGUGGCUCCCACUGCUGCAGAGAAACCCCUGCUGCCCUGAGUCCCCAGUGCCAAAGUGGUGACAGUAUGGGGCUGAGUAGCCCCAGGAGGGCUCCAGCCAAGGAGGGAUGGCAAGUCUGGCUCCAGAAUUACAUCAGGACCAGUGGCCACAUCCAGGCACAACCACAGGGGAGGCAGGGGAAAGGAAGAGUGAGACCAUUGUAGUGCCAUGUCCUGGGCUUGCUACAGCACAGGGACAGCACUGCCAGGCCCCGGGCAGGACUGAGCCCAGCGAGGGGCUCUGGUGUCUCACACAAGGAAGGUCAGUGCCUCAUGGGCCCGUCGGGGCCCGGAGAAAGGCGUGGAUGGAGAGCUGUGUCCCAGGGCAGGGGCUGCCUGCUCCCUGUGCCUUUGCCCCCCGCUUCCGCUUGGAGCCCUGCAGGAGACACAGCAGGGCUCAA